AUGGCGGCGGCGGGAGCCGUGGAACGGAGCUUCGUGGAGCUCGUCGGCGCUGAGCGCGAAAGGCCCAGGCACUUUCGGGAGUUCACCGUCUGCGGCAUUGGAACUGCAAAUGCAGCGGCCGGAGCCGUGAAAUGCAGUGAGAGCGCGGGAGGCUUCUACUAUGUGGAAAGUGGCAAGUUGUUCUCCGUCACCAGAAACAGAUUCAUUCACUGGAAAACCUCUGGAGAUACAUUGGAGCUGGUGGAAGAGUCACUGGACAUAAAUCUGUUGAAUAAUGCAGUUCGCCUCAAAUUCCAAAACUGCGUCCUUCUACCCGGAGGAGUUCACGUCUCUGAGACUCAGAAUCAUGUGAUGAUCUUGAUAUUGACCAAUCAGACCGUGCAUAGAUUGCUUUUACCACACCCUUCCCGGAUGUAUAGGAGUGAGUUGGCAAUCGAAAGUCAGAUGCAGUCAAUAUUCACUGACAUUGGAAAAGUUGAUUUUAGGGAUCCUUGCAACUAUCAGCUGAUCCCGUCAGUGCCUGGCCUCUCCCCUGGUUCUGCCGCCUCAGCAGCCUGGCUGAGCAAUGAUGGGGAGGCUCUGUUUGCUCUGCCAUCUGCCUCUGGGGGGAUCUUUGUUCUUAAACUACCUCCUUAUGACGUACCUGGGGUGGUGUCAGUCGUGGAGCUGAAACAAAGUUCAGUGAUGCAGCGCCUGCUCAUAGGCUGGAUGCCCACAGCUAUCAGAGGGGACCAGGGGCCUUCAGAUCGUCCCCUGAGCCUUGCUGUGCAUUGUGUCGAGCACAAUGCCUUCAUCUUUGCUCUGUGUCAAGAUCAUAAACUACGAAUGUGGUCUUACAAGGACCAAAUGUGCCUGAUGGUGGCUGACAUGCUGGAGUUCGUCCCCGUAAAUAAAGAUCUCCGGCUCACUGCUGGGACUGGACACAAACUGCGACUUGCUUAUUCCCCUUCCAUGGGACUCUACCUGGGAGUAUACCUGCAUGCACCAAAGCGAGGACAGUUCUGCGUUUUCCAGUUGGUGAGCGCUGAGAAUAACCGCUAUAGCCUAGAUCACAUCUCCUCACUGUUCACUUCUCAGGAGACACUGAUUGACUUUGCCUUAACCUCUACGGAUAUCUGGGCCCUGUGGCACGACGCCGAGAACCAGACGGCUGUGAAAUACAUCAACUUUGAACAUAAUGUUGCAGGUCAGUGGAGUCCAGUUUUUAUGCAGCCUCUGCCAGAGGAAGAAAUCGUCAUCAGAGAUGAUCAAGACCCCAGAGAGAUGUAUUUGCAGAGUCUUUUUACACCAGGGCGAUUCAUUAAUGCAGCUUUAUGUAAAGCUUUACAGAUUUUCUGUCGAGGAACUGAGAGGAAUUUAGACCUUUCCUGGACGGAACUAAAGAAAGAAGUUACUUUAGCUGUUGAAAGUGAGCUCCAAGGAAGUGUAACAGAGUAUGAAUUUUCCCAGGAAGAGUUCCGAAAUUUACAGCAGGAAUUCUGGUGCAAGUUCUAUGCCUGCUGUCUUCAGUAUCAAGAAGCCCUUUCUCAUCCUCUUGCCCUGCAUUUGAAUCCACACACAAACAUGGUGUGCCUGUUGAAGAAAGGGUACCUGUCUUUCCUUGUGCCUUCCUCCUUAGUGGAUCAUUUGUAUCUCCUCCCUGAUGAGAACCUUUUGACAGAGGAUGAGACAACCAUAUCUGAUGACGUGGAUGUUGCUCGGGAUGUCAUGUGUCUUAUAAAAUGCCUCCGGCUGAUUGGAGAGUCAGUAACUAUGGAUAUGUCAGUAAUGAUGGAAAUGAGCUGUUACAACCUACAGUCUCCAGAAAAGGCUGCAGAACAGAUUCUGGAAGAUUUGAUCACUAUUGAUGUAGACAAUGUGAUGGAGGAUAUCUGUAGUAAGCUGCAGGAGAUUAGGAACCCAAUCCAUGCCAUCGGACUUCUAAUACGGGAGAUGGAUUAUGAAACGGAAGUAGAGAUGGCAAAGGGAUUCAGUCCAGCUCAGCCUUUGAAUAUUCGAAUGAAUCUUUCUCAGCUCUACGGUAGUAGCACAUCAGGGCAUAUCGUGUGCAGAAGUGUGUGUAAAAUUGCCAGCACGCGCUUCCUCAUCUGCCGAGACCUUUUGAUCUUACAGCAGCUACUAAUGAGGCUAGGAGAUGCUGUAAUCUUGGGAGCUGGCCAGCUCUUUCAAGCCCAGCAAGACCUGCUGCAUCGAACAGCUCCCCUGCUCUUAUCUUAUCACCUCAUUAAGUGGGGAAGUCAGUGCUUGGCAACUGAUGUUCCAGUGGACACCUUGGAGUCUAAUCUUCAACAUUUAUCAGUACUGGAACUAACUGACUCUGGUGCUUUAACGACAAAUAAGUUGGUAUCUAGCCCUCAGACAAUUGUGGAAUUAUUCUUCCAAGAAGUUGCAAGAAAACACAUUAUAUCUCAUCUGUUCUCUCAACCAAAGGCGCCUCUAAGCCAAACUGGAUUGAACUGGCCAGAGAUGAUCACUGCAGUUACCAAUUAUUUAUUGCAGCUCUUAUGGCCUAGCAAUCCUGGUUGUCUCUUUCUAGAAUGUUUGAUGGGAAAUUGUCAGUAUGUACAAUUGCAGGACUAUAUUCAGUUGCUGCAUCCCUGGUGUCAAGUCAACGUUGGUUCCUGCCGAUUUAUGCUGGGACGGUGUUACCUGGUUACGGGAGAGGGACAGAAGGCUCUGGAAUGUUUCUGCCAGGCAGCAUCCGAAGUGGGCAAAGAGGAAUUCUUAGAUCGCUUGAUCCGUUCAGAGGAUGGAGAGAUUGUGUCCACCCCCCGGCUGCAAUAUUAUGACAAGGUCUUGCGUCUGCUGGAUGUCGUAGGUUUGCCUGAACUGGUUAUUCAGUUGGCCACAUCAGCAAUAACUGAAGCAGGUGAUGACUGGAAAAGUCAGGCCACCUUAAGGACGUGCAUCUUCAAACAUCAUUUGGAUUUAGGGCACAAUAGCCAAGCCUAUGAAGCGUUGACCCAAAUUCCUGAUUCCAGCAGGCAGUUGGAUUGUCUGCGGCAGCUGGUGGUAGUUCUUUGUGAACGUUCCCAACUUCAGGAUCUCGUGGAGUUUCCCUAUGUGAAUCUGCAUAAUGAGGUGGUGGGAAUAAUUGAAUCACGGGCAAGAGCUGUGGACCUUAUGACUCACAAUUACUAUGAGCUUCUGUAUGCCUUUCACAUCUAUCGUCACAAUUACCGGAAGGCUGGCACAGUGAUGUUUGAGUAUGGAAUGCGUCUUGGCAGAGAGGUUCGAACUAUCCGGGGACUUGAGAAGCAAGGCAACUGUUAUCUGGCUGCUAUUAAUUGCUUACGACUUAUUCGCCCAGAGUACGCGUGGAUUGUUCAGCCAGCAUCUGGUGCAGUGUAUGAUCGCCCUGGAGCAUCCCCUAAAAGGAAUCAUGAUGGAGAAUGCACAGCUGCCCCAACGAAUAGACAGAUUGAAAUCCUGGAACUGGAAGAUCUGGAGAAGGAGUGCUCCUUGGCCCGCAUUCGCCUCACCCUGGCUCAGCACGACCCCUCGGCGGCCGCUGUCGCAGGAAGUUCAUCCGCAGAGGAGAUGGUCACUCUCUUGGUUCAGGCUGGCCUUUUUGACACUGCCAUAUCACUGUGUCAGACUUUCAAGCUUCCCUUAACGCCAGUCUUUGAAGGACUUGCUUUCAAAUGCAUCAAAUUGCAGUUUGGAGGAGAAGCAGCGCAAGCAGAAGCCUGGGCCUGGCUAGCAGCCAACCAGCUUUCAUCAGUCAUCACCACUAAAGAGUCUAGUGCUACAGAUGAAGCCUGGCGGCUAUUAUCAGCUUACCUGGAAAGGUACAAAGUCCAGAAUAACUUAUAUCACCACUGUGUAAUAAACAAGCUCUUAUCUCAUGGAGUUCCUCUGCCUAACUGGCUAAUAAACAGUUACAAGAAAGUUGAUGCAGCUGAGUUGCUCCGUCUGUACUUAAACUAUGACCUUUUAGAAGAAGCUGUGGAGUUGGUUUCAGAAUAUGUGGAUGCUGUACUGGGAAAAGGACAUCAGUACUUUGGGAUUGAGUUCCCGCUGUCCGCCACGGCUCCAGCGGUGUGGCUGCCGUACUCCGCCAUCGAUCAGCUCCUCCAGGCUCUGGGAGAGAACACUGCCAACAGUCACAGCAUCGCGCUGUCCCAGAAAAUACUUGACAAAUUGGAGGACUACCAGCAAAAAGUUGAUAAGGCAACACGGGAUUUGUUGUAUCGUCGGAACUUGUGACCUGGACGGUUGCCCAGGCUUUGUAACCGCUUGGUGCCUCUUCAGGCUUGAGACUUUAUCCUACAGGAAGCCUGUACUCCGGGCUGGCUUUUACACCUAUAAAUGACAUGUACAACAGUCCGGCCUGCAUUCUGCACAAGAGAGAAAAGUCGAUGAAGAUGAGUCACAGGACCUGUGCUUGCUGGUGGUGCUAACACGCAGAUUUCUGGGUUUCAACCUUGGUCUCAGACAGCUGCUUUUUUAUAUGAGUCACAAGCUUUUUUAGAGUUUAUAUUUUUUUAAACUACCGAAGACAUUCUUUAUCUGCAAAGUAAACCCCACCUUCACUUUCCAAAAUAGCUGAGGGUUGUUGGUUUGUUGUAGCUGACCACCAAAAGCAGUCAGUGCAAAUCCUUCCAUUCUUCCCUAUCGCUUUUUGUAUUUCAAUGAAAUUAUUUUGGUCCAGAAUUGACAUGUAUUUUCUGUAUUGCAGACAGAGGCUAAUGAUUUUGCAUACUCUUUUCAUUAUUUAUUGUGGAAUUUUUUUUUUAUGAUCUUCAAUAAAGUAGUAAAUAAUUUUCCUAGAUUAACCCUAACAUGAUGACCAGCUGUUGAGGAAGAUGUCUUGAAUCUGAUUCUGAGGCUAAAGUGGAAUAAACUCUUAGCUAAGAAAAAAGUUGAAAAUUUAUCAUCUAUGAAAAUAAUAUUUUCCAGGUAAAUUCCAUUAACUGCUAUAUGAUAAUCAAGCCGGACUUGAUCCUACAAGUAGUCUAAUAAUGUAUUGGACCAAAAUAUAAACUCUCCUGGUCAGAUUUAGAGGCAUUCAUGGCCACCAAUUGGGGGAAACGUGAAAAAAUAAACUCUUGAAUUUUAUUCUGUAUAUUAAAAUGUAUCUUUUAAGGAAACUAUCUGUAU